AAAUAGGAUUCUGGGCUACGCUUAGAGCCAGGCUGUUGCUGAACACCCAGGAGCGAGAGGAGCUGGAGGAAAGAGAAGCAGCAAGAAGCAGCCAAGAGUUGGAGCCAGACCAGGAGGAGCCCGAGCCAGAGUUGGAGUCAAAGUUGCUCUUGGUAAAGCAGCAGCAACUAAAGAAGUUGAAAAGAUGCUGGUUUUCUUGGGACUGCUCACCUCCUUCCUUUCUUUCCUGUAUGUGACAGCUCCAUCCAUCAGGAAGUUCUUUGCUGGUGGGGUCUGUGGAACAAACAUGCAGCUUCCCGGGAAGGUGGUGGUGAUCACCGGUGCCAACACAGGCAUCGGCAAGGAGACAGCCAGAGAGCUUGCUCGCAGAGGAGCCCGAGUAUACAUUGCCUGCCGAGAUGUACUGAAGGGGGAGUCUGCUGCCAGUGAAAUCCGAGCUGAUACAAAGAACUCCCAGGUGCUGGUACGGAAACUGGACCUAUCUGAUACCAAAUCCAUCCGAGCCUUUGCUGAGGGCUUCCGGGCAGAGGAAAAGCAGCUUCAUAUUCUGAUCAACAAUGCAGGAGUGAUGAUGUGCCCAUAUUCCAAGACAGCUGAUGGCUUUGAAACCCACCUGGGAGUCAACCACCUGGGCCACUUCCUUCUCACCCACUUGCUCCUGGGGCAGCUGAAGGAGUCCGCUCCUGCACGGGUGGUGAACCUGUCAUCAGUGGUCCACCACGCUGGCAAGAUUCGCUUCCACGACCUCCAGGGUGAGAAGUCCUACAACCGGAGUUUUGCUUAUUGCCACAGCAAGCUGGCCAAUGUGCUCUUUACUCGUGAGCUGGCCAAGAGGCUCCGAGGCACGGGGGUCACCACCUAUGCAGUGCACCCAGGCAUCGUCCGCUCCGAACUGGUCCGACACUCCUUCCUGCUGUGCCUGCUCUGGCAGCUCUUCUCCCCCUUCCUCAAGACGGCGAGGGAGGGGGCCCAGACCAGCCUGCACUGCGCCCUGGCUGAGGGCUUGGAGCCCCUGAGCGGCAAGUACUUCAGUGACUGCAAGAAGACUUGGGUGUCUCCAAGGGCCCGGAAUAACAAAACGGCUGAGCGCUUGUGGAACGUCAGCUGUGAGCUGCUGGGAAUCCAGUGGGAGUAGAGCUGGUGGAAUAGGCACAGCUGUAUCAGGCCCAGCCCACGCCAUAAGGAAAGGGGACCUAGGAGAAGGCCCACCCUGCAGGAUUGUCCUGACUGGCUGCUGUUGCGAAUCCUGCCCUGCUCUGAUACUCCUGACUCUUCUAGAAAUCUUCGCACACCCAACCCUCUCGUGAGGCUGGCUCAUGGCACGAGAUAGUCACACCUACAGAGUGUUCUUCUCCAAGACUUGCAGAGUCGGCCACCCUCUUGGGCCAGGAGGACUGGGCAGAUGCCAGGCUGGGCACGAGGAUGGCAGAAGAACCUGGGAAAUUGGGUCAAUUUCCUUGCUGAGACCAGCUAGCACGCUCAGCUGAGGUGACAGGAGAAUCAAUGUCACUUCUUUCCAGGGACUAUAGACUCAAAAACUGUUGACUGAUCUCUUUCCUCUUUGAAACAUUAAUCUGGAGUCUGGAGCAACUCAGGAAAAUCUUGGCUCAACCUGGGUCGAUUUCAGUUCCUUCCUCUGAGUAUCCUGGAGCACCGAUGUAAAGCUGGACCUUCCUGUUUUCUUUUUUCAGUACUUUUUAAAAAAUUAAAAACAGAUUUUUUCAGCUUUACUGACAUAGAAUUAACAUAUUGUGUAAGUUUGGACCGUCCCAUUUUCAAUGUAGAUGGUUUCUUUUUCUAAAGAGUUCCCUUUUACCUCAAUUUUUAGAGAAAAUAAAGACUGCACAUUCACCUUA